AUGCCCAACCACGUCGUCUUCGACGUCGUCGGCACCUGCGUGUCCUUCGAUGCCUUCUACGCCACCAUCGAGCGCACGCUCGGCCCCCAACUCAAGGCGCACAACAUCACCGCCCAAACCCUGGGUUUUACAUGGAUGACCAACGCCGAGCUGCAAUUCACCUUCCUCUCCAUCUCCGAAAGCUACAAGCCCUACAAAAUUGUCAUCACCGAACUCUUCUACCAAACCCUCGCCAUGAUCGGCAUCUCCGACCCCCACAGCUUCGCCACCCCCGAACAACGCGACGCCUGCGUAGCCGGAUACGCCGCCCUCGAGCUCCGUCCCGGCGCGCGCGAAUGCUUCGCCAAGCUCCGCGACGCCGGGUUCACGGUUUGGUGUUUGACAACGGGUGAUACGCAGCGGGUGCGCGGAUACUUUGAGCGAGCGGGCGUAGAUAUGCCGUUGGAGAAUUUCCUCAGCUGUGAUACGGCGGGCGUGGCGAAGCCGGCGUUGGCGGCGUAUCGGCCCGCGUGGGAGAGGUUGGGUAAUGAGGGUGGGGAGAAGUGGUUUGCCGCGGCGCAUUUGUGGGAUGUCACUGCUGCUACGAAAGUCGGGUUCCGCGGUGCUUAUUGUACGGUUUAUGAGAAGGAGGGGGCUUAUAAGGUGUUUGAUGCGCCGUUGGAUGUGGUGUCGGAGUCGUUGCCUGAGAUGGCGGAGAAGAUUAUUGCUGCUUCGAAAUAA